AUGUCGUCCACCAGCAACGCCUCCAUUGACAAGUUCAACGGAGACAAUUACGCAACGUGGAGCCGGUACAUGCGCGUGACUCCGACUUUCACCGACCCGCGAGCGUCCGAUGACUACGUCAAGGCAAGCAACGUCGCGUUUGGUAUGAUGCUGCUGCACAUGAACGCGGACUACCAUCAUGUGCUGGACAACUGCGAGGAAGCCUGGGUUGCGUGGACAAGUCUGAAGACGCUGUACGGUGGGCCGCAGAAGGCAGGACGCAUCUACCUCAAGCGACAACUUUUCAGUAUCAAGAUGGCUGAAGGCGCGAACGUCAUGCAUCACUGCAACGAGGUCCUCAACAUCUCCGCCAAGCUUAGCGGCAUCGGUGCGAAGAUGGAAGACGAAGACGUUGCAAUUUGUCUGCUACUCAGUCUUCCGAAGAGCUACGAAAAUGUGGUGCUCAACAUGGAAAUGAGCAGCACCGAGCUUCGCACUCAAGAUGUGGUGAGAGUCCUGACGAAUGAGCAUGCCAAGCGUCAAGGAGAAAAAGGGACAACGACAGCGACUACGGUGAAGGCUGAAGAUGCAAGCAAGGCAUUCAGCGCCGAGCAAGAACGAAGGUCGGGGAGCCCGACGCGGCGGCAAUGGUCGUGGACGCGGGGCUAA